UUGUAUGUUAAAGCUUACCGGAAAACUAUAUUUAAAUAAAUGAGUGUUGUAUUAAGCUUUGUACUACUAAUUUAAAUAAUUAAUGUAUUUUCUGGUGUGUGCACGUGUUUUAUGACUUUUUGUAAAUGGCAUCAGAUUCUGAAUCAAACAGAAGUGUUAGUCCUGUUGGUCAUACAACGGCACCCACACCAGGGUACAAUUUAGACCGGUCUCGUUCUAAUUCUCCUAAUUAUGAUAAUAAUGCACAUAACAAUCGUUCGAGAUCUUCUUCAGUAAAUUCAAAUGCAUCUGAAAGAUCUCAGAGUGGAGUUUCAGAAAGAUCUGGAUCUGCCGCCUCAAAUCGGUCGGAAUCUAGGAAAUCUAGAUCGCAAUCAAGAAGUGUAAGAUCAAACCGUACCCCUUCAAAUGAAUCACAGAAAUCAAGGUCAGUUUCAGUUCAAUCUAACAGAUCUUCUGGGUCAAACCGAUCAAGAAAUUCCUCAAUAGCAUCAAACAGGUCAAGAUCACAAUCAGCAGUUUCUGAAAAGUCUAUAGAAAGUGGUAAAAGUAAAUCUCAAUCACCACAAUCAAAUCGGUCCCAUUCUGUUGCAUCUAACAGGUCAGGAUCUGUUGCAUCUAAUAGAUCUCGAUCAGCAGCCUCAAAUAGAUCAAAAUCUCCAGAUUCAAAUAGAUCUGGAUCAGCAGCUUCAAACAGAUCCAGAUCGUCAUCUGUGCACUCUAAUAAAUCUGCACCGUCACAAAAAUCCAGAUCACCAUCUGCAGAUUCCAACAGGUCACGGUCACGUUCUGCUGUUUCAAACAAAUCAAGAUCUGCUGAAAGUUCCCAUAGUUCAAGAUCUCACUCUGUAGGUUCACGUAGGUCGAAGAGUGCAGAGUCAAACAAAUCUGGAAGAAAAACUCCUGAUAGUAGAUCAAAUAGCCCCAACCUACAAAUUGAUGCAGGCUCACCAAGUGACCAUGAAGACCAGAAACGUAAAAGAGAUAGUUCAGAAGAAAAAGAAACCAGAAAAAAGACUAAAAUCCUUUCCGAUAGCGAAAAUGAGGGAGAAAAUGAAAAUGGGAAGAGUGAAGAACCUAGUGCUGCAGCACUGUUCGGAGAUGCUGACGAUAUAAGUAGUGAAGAAGAAAAGGAGAAGGAAAAGGCAGUAGAAAAAAAAGACGAUAUGGACAAGGAAGGGGAUAGUGAAAAUGAAGCUCCAGAGAGACGUUCUGAAGAUGAAGAAGAAAAUGAACAAAGAGCUAUAAACGAAGAUGAAGAGGAGAAAGAAGUGGAAAUACCAGAAACGCGAAUCGACGUGGAAAUACCUAAAAUUAGUUGUGAUCUAGGGAGAGACAUACAUUUCGUAAAACUUCCCAACUUUUUGUCCGUAGACACCAGGCCAUUCGAUCAAGAAACUUACGAAGAUGAAAUUGACGAAGAAGAAACUUUGGACGAAGAAGGUCGUGCUAGAUUAAAACUCAAAGUAGAAAAUACAAUUAGAUGGCGCGAAGCUUUCGACAAGGAAGGCAACUCUAUAAAAGAAUCAAAUGCACGAUUUGUAAAAUGGUCCGACGGAUCUCUGAGUUUACAUUUGGGUUCUGAAAUAUUCGAUGUUUAUAAGCAACCCUUACAAGGAGACCACAAUCAUUUGUUCAUUCGUCAAGGGACUGGUCUACAGGGUCAAGCUGUUUUUCGAACCAAAUUGAGUUUCAGACCUCACUCGACGGAGAGCUUUACACACAGAAAAAUGACCCUAUCGUUGGCUGACAGGUCUCAGAAAGUUUCAGGAAUUAAAAUACUAUCCCAAGUAGGGGUGGAUCCUGAUCAGGACCGAAAAACAUUACUUAAAAAAGAAGAAGAGAAGUUAAGGCAGACAGUAAGAGCUAAGCCAAGAAGAAGAGGUGAAGGUGGCACAAGAACCCACGCCAGGGAAGCAUAUAGGGAAGAAGAGGGUAGCGACGAAGAAGGGGCGAUUUCCCUCAAUGCUAUUAAAAAUAAAUACAAGUCAGGAGUAGCAAAUCCAUCACGAGGUAGUGCUAUUUAUUCUUCUGAUGAGGAAGGGUCUGAUUUUGAAGCGAGACGUGGCCGAAAAACUGAUAAAACCAAAGCCCUGAAAGACUCAGAGUCGAGCGAGACGGAAUAAUUUUAUAUAAUUUACAAUCCACU